ACCUGGGAAAUCCUCCACAGGUUUAUCUCUUUCCCCGGAUACAGGAACUUUAAUAAACCCAGCUCGUUCGGAGACAACAGACGGCGCGGCCGAAUUCGGUCUUGGCGCGAAGUGUUGGAAGGGAUGAUAAGAAUGGAGGAAUGGCAGACGAUUGAAGGAAUGCACGUCCACGCCUGGUCGAUUUCAGGCCUGGAGACAUGCGUCGUUCUAAAAAAAACAGACUUAGGGUUUGUAGCUUUUGACAUGGGCGCUUCGACACGCGAGAGUUUAAAAUGUCAGCACGUCUUUAUCAGUCAUGGUCACAUGGACCAUAUCUCCGCUAUUCCUCAGCAUGCUACCAAACAGGAUCUCUUCAAAAUGAAGCCAGCUACAUACUUUGUGCCAUCCCAUUUAGUGGAGCCCUUACAAGAUGUGGCUGAAGGCUAUUACAGGAUGCAUGAGAGCUCUGAAUCUCUGGGCAAGCUGAGAAUAAAGGGCAUAGAACCAGGAGACACAGUACAUUUACCCGGUGGUCACUUCAUCCAGCCGUUUCCUACAGUGCACCGUGUCCGAAGUCAGGGUUAUAUACUGUACCGUAAACUGAAGAAGCUAAACCCUGAGUACCUGGGAUUGCCUGGACAUGCAGUGGCUGCCAAAAUCCGAGAAGGGGUGGCUGUUCACAACACUCUUGUCACACCUGAGGUAGCUUAUACAGGUGACACACAGUUUGAGAUAUUUUUGUCGCCGCCAAAUCCUGAUUUGCUCAAGGUGCGUUUACUAAUCAUGGAGACUACGUACAUUGACGACAGUUGUUCAGUGGAAAAAGCCAAAGACCGCGGUCACAUACACCUCCACGAACUUGUGCGCAAUGCCCACCUCUUCUCCAAUGUCCAGUCCAUACUGCUAAUACACCUAUCUGACAAAUACUCACCAAGAUUUAUCAGGGACACUGUUUACAAGUCACUCCCCCACUCCUUGGUCAACAAGGUACACCUAGGGCUGCUGGCCAAAGAGAAGUAUUGAGUUCUCAACUACAGUAUUAGCUCAUCAGGGACAAUCUCCUACAUGAGGUAGGAAUAGUCAGUGCAUAUAACUGUCAGACUUGAUUCGUCUACCCAUCAAAAUC